AUGGAGUGCCAAAAGACAACUUUGGCUUUGAUUUUGUGUCUCUUUGCUGUCGCUGGUGUAGGAAUUUUAGGAGCUCCUGCAGACUUCCAGGACGACAGAUUCAUCACCAAGUGCUUAAAUGAGUCAGCCGUAGUUGCCUUCAAGCAAUCAAUUUUCCACCUUCGUAUGUACACAGUUGAAUCAGAACCUGGUGACUUGAAUUCCAAUUGUUCAAGAACUUUUACACCAAUCGAACCAGCUGUAAAGGAGUUCAACUUCAAGAAAUGCAACUAUGGAUCCAGGAAGAUGAAGGUCUACGUCGAUGAAAUUUAUCAAGGAAGAGUGUUCAACACACCGGUGGUAGGAUUAAAGAAAAGAAGAAACAAUUGAUUAUAAAUGUUCAAACAUGGCAAAAAAUUUAUAUAUUAUUCAUUUUACCGACUAACUAUAUUAGCCUUUUUUAA